AUGUUCGAAUCACUUCAAAUCGCAUAUAGAGAAUGGCGGCGAGAGCCUCGAUACACGCCAGUAGACGACACCGAAAGCCAAACCUCCUCCUCCUCCUCCUCCUCCUCAGAGUCAGAAGAAAAGCCGGGGAAGCCUAGCAGUAACAGCAACAGCAAACCAGGGGCAUGCAAACACAUCGCCACACGACGCGAAUGGCGAUCGCUGACGGAGACGGAAAGAAACGAGUUCGUGGACGCCAUCCAUUGUCUGGCGAGAACGCCGUCGGAGUGGGAUGGAGAGAAUAAUCGGACUGUUUACGAUGACUUUUCGAUUUUGCAUGGGGGGAUUGGGUCUUGGUGUCAUCGCUCGGCAUCUUUUCUACCGUGGCAUCGAUGGACGCUGCAUGUCUUUGAGAAUAUCCUCAAGGAUAAGUGUGGGUUUCCUAGGAGGGGUGCUAUACCCUACUGGGAUUGGUCCCUAGACCACCUCUCCCUCUCUUCUUCCUCCAUCUUCUCCCCCACGACCGGCUUCGGAUCCGAUGGCUCCCCUUCCUCGCCAUCCUCCCACACUUCCUCCGGUCUUACCAGCGUAGGCGACGGCCAUUGCGUUCUAGACGGGCCCUUCGCCGACCUAAGACCCAUCAUCUACAAUCACACCUACGUCACGCACUGUUUGUCCAGAGGGUUCAACGACCCCAAGCGCAACGUGACGGGCCAAAUCUCCGGGGAGCAGUUUAAACCGGAAGCGAUCGGUAUGAUACUGAGGACGGAGGGGUACGAGGAGUUUGGGAAGAGGGUGGAGGAGAGACUGCAUAAUGGAUUGCAUCAGGGGGUUGGAGGGGAUUUUAGGGCUAUGACUGCUGCUAAUGAUCCCCUAUUCUACGUCCACCACGCCUCCCUAGACAGAAUGUGGUGGCGCUGGCAAUGGGAAAACCCGGAGGUUCGACUGAGAGAGUACAGCGGGAAACACAUGUUCAACUCGACACCGGGAGAGGCGAGUGUCAAGGAUGUGUUGCUGUAUGGAGGGUUUACGGAGGAUGUGCAAGUGGAGAGGGCGAUGAAGCGAAGAAGAUGUGAACUCGAAGUGUCUGCAUUGAGAGGAUUCGUGGUGUUGCGGUUGGCGAGUGUCCGCGAUGCGUUACGUAGAGGUAGGCGCCGGCGCCAAAUGGCUACGGCGAAGCGCAGAUCCGUCAUCCGCCGCGUCAGGUCGAGUAAACGCUCCAAGCCCAAGUCGUAA